AUGGUUAGUUUUGAUGUCCAGUCAUUGUUUACCUGCUUACCCAUACAAGACUGCAUCGAAAUUGUCAAGAGGAAGCUACAGACACACAACAUGCCUAUUGAAUAUGCAGAGCUGUUACAUCACUGCCUCACAUCUGGUUAUUUAUUGUGGAAUGAUGAAUUCUAUGUACAAGUUGACGGAGUAGCCAUGGGUUCCCCAGUAUCCCCCGUGGUCGCUGAUUUAUUCAUGGAAGACCUAGAGGAGAGGGCUCUUCGCUCCGGACCAAUAACACCUAGGUUUUAUAAACGGAAACCCACACACACCAAUAAAUACCUCAAUGGUGACUCGCACCACCACCCUAGUCAGUUAGCUACCGUUGGCAAAUCUUUGUUUCAGAGAGCCCACCAUCUCUGCGAUGCUGAACACCUAGAGGACGAGCUACUUCAGGUCAAGCUUGCACUCCACCAGAACAAGCUGCCCGUGCCUCGCCUGCAUCGCAGAAACCGUAUCAAGCCACCCACAGUUGAGCGACAACCUGCAUUUCUACCAUAUGUGAAGGGAGUUACACAUAGGAUUGGCAAUAUCUUGAAGCGAGCUUCGAUUAAAACCAUUUACAAACCUCAUAAGAAAGUGAGCCAGUUCUUGAGACCUAUCAAGAGUAAUAUCCCUUUACAAACUGCGGGAGUA